UGGCCUGCGGAAGGCCUGCCAGAGUUCCGACCAGGGGAGGUGUGGUCCGUGAAGGUUCCAGGAAACUCCUGCCCCAUAGCGGUGGGCAUAACGAUGGUGGGCAGUGCGGAGGCUGUGAGAGCCGGCAUGAGAGGGAAGCUCCUCCGAAUCACCCACUACUACCGCGACUCGCUCUG